AUGGAAUCCAUCUCCAGUCUUAUCCCAAUCUCAAAUCUCACUCAUUCACUAACGCACUCCACCAGCAAAGUUGUAGCCCAGCCAACGCUUUGGAUGGCUACAGUAGAGACAGAAGCAGACGAAAGGCAUAUAGAGAGAAGGAGAGGAGAAAGACAGACAGAGAAGAUCCUCUGUUUCAG